ACGUCGGGGUUAUGUUAAGUAACUCAACGGAGUGUUCAGUUAUUAUAAAGUGCUCCUGUAAAACCUUAAUAUUUUUUAGGUGGGGCCAUAUAUGUGACAUUAUAUGUGUUUGCCUUUAAAUUUUGGGCAUUAUUUAAGGGUUACCCCGUCGUAGCGGUCACCUAAAGGGUGUCUACCCAUCCAGCGAAGGUAACUCACCUGUCAGGUUUGAAGUGUCAUGAAUAAGAAUUCUAGAUUGGUAAAUGAUUAUGUGAAGUUGUGCCAUAAUACUUGAAAAAAAAAAUUGCUGAAGAAAGUAAGGAACAAGAUGCUCCGUUCAACGUUUUGUAAUACUGCAGCAAUCCUUGCACCCAGGCUGAAGGGCUUUCUCAGUCAGCCAAGGUGCAAUCAGUUUACUGGCGAUGAUCAGAAAACCACAGCGAGAGUCUUAAACCAGGAAAUUGGUGCUGGCUUAAUGAUAGAUGGUUAUAGUCAGGCUGGUUUUCGUCUCAACAAUGGAAUGUCUGUGAUUGGUCCAAUGGCUAUAUUCCCAAAAUCUGUCCUCAGCUGGCGUGUUCGAGAUGAAAAAGACAUUACAGAAGAUUCUUUGUCGUUAUUUUAUCUUCUUGAGCCUAAGCUUGAUAUCCUGAUUAUUGGUGUUGGUGACCGGGGGAUCACCUUACAACCACGUGUUUUACAAUAUAUAAGAAAUAAGGGACUAAAUAUUGAGGUUCUGCCAACCGAGUCAGCUUGUUCGACCUUCAAUUUUCUGAAUGAUGAAAAAAGAUGCGUGGCUGCUGCCCUCAUUCCACCGGCUAAUAUUCGGACACACGAAGACGAAUUAUUACAGGAUCAACUGAGGAAGAAGAGUCUCUUCAUAGCAACAAUUGAGGAUGAAAUUGUAUGAGUAAUGUUCCUCAUCAAUUUUUAUCCUCCCCGUGUACAGAUCCCAUGUAAAUUGUGUAAUAAAAGUGAGUGAUUGUGAGAGUUAACUUUU